CUCCGCGUUAACGUAAAACUCCCAAAUGGAGGGUCGCGUGUGUGCAGCAGCAUCUGCAAUAAAAUGUAAUCAAAAUACCAGUUUAUCGACUUUUCUGAGGCUGAAAUAAAAAGGUAAACAGCAAUUUCGUUGCUUUAUUAACUGAAUGACUGUCAUGAAUGUUAAUAUUACUUAAGACGGGUUGUAGCAUGUGAAAGCUAGCCAAAUUACCGCUACUGCAACCCUGUCUGCUAUCGAGGAAUUCUUUAGCCAUUUAAACAAAAUGUCUGAGACUUUAAUCCAGAGAAUAAAGGAUUUAGAGGACGAACUGGAGCAGCUCAAGUCGCAGCUGCAGCACACAAAUGCAGACCACACGGAGACCUGUCCAUCACCAAAUGAGACCCCUAGUUCUUCUAAAAAGGGGAAGAAAGCAGUCAGAGAGCGUCCUUUUGACUUCUCUUCACAUCCUCGCCGCCAUGUGGCUCUGCGUAUGGCCUACCUGGGAUGGGUCUACCAAGGCUUUGCCGUCCAGGAGAACACGGACAACACAGUGGAGGCCAGACUCUUCGAAGCUCUCCUGAAGACGCGUCUUAUCCAGGACCGCCAGAGCUCCAACUAUCACCGCUGUGGACGCACUGACAAAGGCGUCAGUGCCUUUUCCCAGGUGAUAACCAUCGACUUGCGAUCCUCACAGUUUGGCCGAGGAUUGGGCGUCAUGCUCCCUGAUGGUGGUGGCACGAAGAAGAAAGAUGCUGAUUCUGCACCAUCGGAGCUUCCUUAUGUGAAGAUGCUCAACAGAGUCCUGCCUCAGGACAUCCGGAUUUUGGACUGGGCACCUGCAGCUGAGGGGUUCAGCGCACGCUUUGAUUGCCAGGCCCGCACAUACCGCUACUACUUCCCAAGGGGAUCCUUAGACAUCAUGUUGAUGGCGGAUGCUGCCAAAAGGUACGAGGGCACUCAUGACUUCCGUAACCUGUGCAAGAUGGACGUCGGGAACGGCGUCUUACAGUUUGAGAGAACCAUCCUGUCAGCGGCAAUCAAGCCCGUGCACCCCGAACACACCGCAGACCCGUACGACUUGUUCAUAUUUGAGCUGAAAGGGCUUGCCUUCCUCUACCACCAGGUUCGCUGCAUGAUGGCCGUGCUUCUUCUGAUAGGCCAGAAGCUGGAAGCUCCAGAAAUAAUCAAUGAGCUGCUCAAUGUUCAAAACAACCCCCGAAAGCCUCAGUACAGCAUGGCAGUCGACUACCCGCUGGUUCUGUACGAUUGCCACUUUGAGGGUUUGAUCUGGAGACGGGAGGCCGAGGAACUGAAUCAUGCCCUGUCAUCGCUGCAGCAACACUGGACCCAGAGCGCUGUCAAAGCCCACGUUGUCCAUGGCAUGAUUCAAGGCUUGGAGGAGGCCACAGGUGGGGUGUUGUCCAACUUUUGUUGGCUAGUUGAAGGGAGCCGCCAGAGAAACUACCGGCCACUGCUAGAACGUCCUCGCUGCGAGAGUCUGGAGUCCAGGAUCGACCAUUUUGUCAAAAGAGGAAGGCUCGAGCUUGAAGAAGGCGAGAAUGGAAGAGAAAAAAUGGUCCAUAAAGGAAAACGGUCCAAGCAUUCUCAUAAUUCUUUAAGUUCACCUGUUGAGGUGCCCAACACAAGUCCUGUAUAAAAAGCUGAGUUUGCUUAUUGUAUUUUUU